GAAAAAAUCCUGAAAAAAGAGAGAAAUUAAAAAUGCAAAAAAAAAGGUUAAAAAAAUUACACGUUGCGAUAAAAAAACAUGAGAAAGCGGUAUGUCAUUGUUAAAUUUCUCCCAGAGCAGCAAGCAGCUCAUCUGCAAAGGGCAGUGCCGAUCAGAUUAGCAGCUCACUGACACCACGAACAAUGUCUGCAAUUAGAAAUCACCAUUCACAAUGACAUAAUGAUACACCUUAACAUUUCCAAAAGUCUCCAUGCUGCUGCUAUCUCCAGAUCUCCUGCGUGCAUCAUCUCCUGAGAGCGAGAGGGAAAGGGAGCAGGGACAGACGCAAGGGCUUGAGUAUAUAUAUUAUAGGGUCUGUGAAACACUGAGAGACCAAGCAGCAAGCAGCCAGCAGAACAAGCAGUAGCAGAACAACAAAGCAGCCUGUCUGUCUUGCACCUCCUUCUCCAAGCAUGACAAAGCUGCUCCUGGUCCUGACCCUUUGGGUCCUGGCGUCCGAGCUCAGCCAGGGGUCUGAAGGAAGGAACCCCACUUAUGGAGUGAAGCUGUGCGGGAGAGAGUUCAUCCGAGCCGUGAUAUUCACCUGCGGAGGGUCCAGGUGGAGGAGGGCUGCCAGAGCGUCCACAGGCGAUCUUCCUGAUUCUUUCAACUCUGAGCGAGCCCCAGAGGACGAAGGCUCUGAGAGCUGGAACCCAGACACAGUCCCCGGGCUUUCCUACAAGGACUACCCUGACUACGAGAGCCAGAACUGGAGGGAGCAGCUAGCUGGUCUGGGCUUCAGCAGGCAGAGCCGCAGCGCCAUCUCGGAGGAAGUGCUGGAGGCCCUGCGCACGUCGGACAGGAAGGGGCGGGAUGUGGUGAUCGGGCUGUCCAAUGCCUGCUGCAAGUGGGGCUGCAGCAAGAGUGAGAUCAGCUCCCUGUGCUGAAGGGGCCCUCUCCCUUUGACCUCCCUGGGACCCCCAAACACCCCUCUAUGAGUUUAUAUUCACCACUGAGUGUUUUCAUAGUGGUGGAUAACACUUUUUUUUUUAAACGCUGACACCCAGAUAAAUUAAACAUAACAUUUUUACACUUCUUCAGUG